CUUUGACGUCGGCGUGGGAGACCCGUUCCCAUUAAAGAACAAGAGCAAGUGAGCAACGAAGCAGCUGUUACCUAACUUGUCUGUGUUUCUUCGAUCUCGAUCGCGAUCAGCUGUCGAUCUUCGUCAAUGGAAUCAGCGGCUGCAACUGUAUCUCCUCAGCUCUCGUGCUUCUUUUCCUUUAACCGCAGCAGCAAGUUCCAGCUCCAGAGGCAAUUCGUUUUAAGCCCCACUCUUCGUCGCCCGAAGCAAUCCAUUGUUAUGAGUGCAGAAGGGCAUGGUACGGACACUUCAGGGACUAAAACCACUCUUAGUUAUACAGACGAUGCAUCAUCUAAUUCAUGGCCAGAAGAUGCAGUAAAAUAUUCGGGUGUGAAAGCAGAUGCUGGUGAUAAAGUGGAAUUAAAUGGGCCGGUACAAGAGUCUGGCUUUGCCCCAGAGCCAAAGAGGGCAGCGAAAAUCCAUGACUUUUGUUUCGGUAUUCCUUAUGGUGGCCUUGUUCUGAGUGGGGCGCUUAUUGGAUUUUUAUUCUCAAGAAACCUUACAAAUCUAAGCACUGGGGUACUUUUUGGAGGAGCUUUACUGGCCCUCAGUACCCUCAGCUUAAAGAUCUGGAGGCAAGGGAAGUCCAGUUUACCAUUUAUUCUGGGACAAGCAGCACUUUCAGCAGUACUUUUGUGGAGGAACGUUCAGGCCUACUCAUUGUCAAAGAAGCUAAUUCCAACUGGGUUUUAUGCCGCCAUAAGUGCUGCAAUGCUGUUCUUUUAUUCAUACGUGGUGAUCUCCGGUGGAAACCCGCCUCCAAAGAAGUUGAAGUCUUCCGCUAGUGUUGCAUCAUGAUGGGAGUUCUUAGAAGUGUGAAUAAAAAUGGGGCAAAUUUUGGUUAAUAUAGGCCGUGUUGUGAGUCAUGACAUUAAUUGAUAUCAUAGAUGAACAAAAUUGGUAGUCGUGUAGUUCUAUGUGUGGCGCAAUUGCUCUCUAUUGGCUUGUAGAAUAUGGAAUAAGUCCCCAAGGUGCCAAAUAUAACUUAAAGAAGUCAUGAAAGUCUUUGAAAUUAUAAUAUCUUGUAGUAUUCUUUAUAUUUUGUAGUCCGAAAGAUUCAUUUUUGAUAGUCCUGUGUUUCGACUCA